UGCAACACAGUUUCGACCACGAGCAGGUCCGUAGUAUAAAUAUGAGAGAAGAUGUCCAUUGAUGUCACACCGAAUCAAUAACUCACUGAUACCACUCACACCAUGAAAAUCAUUGUUGCUUUGGCCGUUUUGGUCGUCGCUGUGUCAGCGCAGCGCGGCUCCUCGGAGAAAGACGCCCCCAUCCUCAAGCAGGAGCAAGAAGUCAACUUCGACGGCAGCUACACCUCUCAGUACGAGACUGGAAACGGGAUUGCGGCGCAGGAGCAGGGACAGCUGAAGAAUGCCGGCUCUGAAGCUGAAGCUGAAGAAGUACAAGGGUCCUUCCAGUACACCGCUCCCGAUGGCACCCCAAUUCUUCUGCAGUAUGUAGCCAACGAAAAUGGAUUCCAGCCCCAGGGUGCUCAUUUGCCGGUUGCUCCCACUCCACCACCAAUCCCACAGGCCAUCCAGAGGGCUCUGGCUUGGAUCGCUGCCCACCCACAACCACCAGAACCACAAGGAACAAGGAGAUUCUAGUUGUUAAGAGUUGUUGAUUCAGUCAAAUUUUUGUAAAUAUAAAUAAGUAUCUUGUAACUAUAUAAUUAUAGUAGCAAUAAAAUGGCAGUGUCUAUAAUGUUAUUUGUUUAAAAUCAAUAUAUUGUUAAAGAGCAAAGCAUAAACCCUAUAAAAAAUAAUGAUGUAAAAAUUUGGUGUAUAGGUUUAGCACUAAGAAUUUUAUUCGCACAAUCAGCUAAAAAUAUAGUUAUAUUAUAUUUUAA